UUUCGUAGCAAAAGAGUGCAAGUCCAACAAAAUAUGUUAGCCUUAUAAUACUUUAUAUUCACUGCCCAAAUUUACUCAUCAUAUCCCAGAAUUUUCUGAACCUGCAUAUUCCAUUGCCCAGAAUUUGUAUUCUUACUCUAGACAAUACCAAAAUUUAAAUAAAAAGAAAAAAACCCAUUCUAAGGGGGAGAUGGAUGUUUCUGGAGGUCUUCAAUUGGUUCAAACUAUCUUAGCCACGCUGGGUUCACCAAUUUGGAGGGAAAUUGAUUCCAUAUUGGGUGUUGAAUCUCAGCUUGUAAAACUCAAGGAAACCAUUUCCACUAUUCAGGCUGUGCUUCUUGGUGCUGAUCAAGAAGAGCUUCAUCAGCAACAGCGUCGCAGUGAUCUUGAACGUUACAGACUCCAGAGGCUUAACGAUGCUCUUUACAAAGCUGACGACUUAUUUGAUGAGAUUGCUACUGUUAAAUGUCGCAAGAAUCUCAUGUCCUCCAACAAAGUCAGCAGAGAGCUAUGUCUUUUCUUUUCUAGCUCUAAUCAGCUCUAUUCUGCUUACAUUUGGUCUAAAGAGAUGAAAAACAUCAGGAAGAUCUUGGAUAAGAUCGUUAAAGAUCAUCAACAUGAGGUUGUUCCGAGAAAGUCGGUAACUCUUGAGACGUGGCGGAUGGUGAGACAUGACCCCAGGGAGACUCACUCUCUCUGUAGUGAAAGUGAUAUUAUAGGCAGAGAAGACGACAAGAAGAAAGUCAUUGACAUGCUACUCAGCAGCACUUCUGUUGAGAAAAAUGUAUCCGUUAUUAGCAUUGUUGGAAUUGGAGGGCUGGGUAAAACUAGUCUUGCCCAAUUAGUUUAUAAUGAUGCAAUAAUCCAGACUGAAUUCCCUUUGAGAAUGUGGGUUUGUGUUUCUGAUGAUUUCAAUGUUGGUGCCCUUCUUCAGCAAAUCAUUGCAGCGGCAAGGAAAGAUGAGAAAGAACUGAAUAUGCUAAGUAUGGACAGACUCCAGAGCAGUCUCGGGGAAGUACUUAAUGGGAAGAAAUAUCUCCUCGUUUUGGAUGAUAUUUGGAACGAAGACUACUGUAAAUGGGAUGAUUUGAGUGUUUUGUUGGAAAAAGGUGGGAGCGGUAGCAAAAUUCUAGUGACUACUCGCUCUAAUAGGGUGGCGAAUAUUGUAGGAAGCCGUAAGAUUCAUGAGCUGGGAGGCCUCUCUGAAGAUGACUCUUGGAAGUUGUUUGAAAGAAUUGCAUUUGAAGGUGAGAACAAUCAAAAUGAAGACGAUUUGGUUAAAAUCGGGAAAGAGAUUAUUUGCAAGUGCAAAAAUGUUCCACUUGCCAUACGGGUUGUUGGAAGUCUUCUUCGACGUCAAGAUACACGUACAUGGGAAUAUAUAAAGAACACUGAUUUGGUAAACAUAAAACAAGAUGAUAAUGGAAUACUACCUGUGUUGAAAAUCAGUUAUUAUCAUCUUCCGUUUCAUUUGAAGAGCUGCUUCAAGUAUUGUGCUGUUUUUCCCAAGGAUUACAAGAUUAUGAAGGAUGAUUUGAUUCAUAUGUGGAUGGCACUAGGUUUUGUUAUGCCUUUGGAUGGACAGAGUCUUGAGGAUGCUGGUGAUGAAUAUUUCAACCAUCUAUUGCAACGGUGCUUCUUCCAAGAUGUUGAAAAAGAUUCAUAUGGUGGAAUUAAAUCAUGCAAAAUGCAUGAUUUGAUCCACGAUGUUGCUAAAGAAGUUGCAGGCACUGAAAUCUUGUCAUCCAACAACAGCACAAAUCAUUUUAAUGAGAAAACUCGUCACUCUUUUCUUGAUCGUAAUACAAUCGAAGGAAGUGAUGAUAUUGUUAGUUCUUUCAACAAGAUGAAACGAAUGCGUUCGCUUUUAAGUAAUAAUGAUUUCUCUUCCUUUCCUUCUAGCAAAUUUCUUACUUUAUGUUCAAGAAUAAAUCUAUUGUUAUCAGAAGUGAGAUAUUUAAGAGUCUUAGACUUGCGUUGUAUGUUUUUAGAGAAAGUCCCGAGUAUGAUUGGUCAAUUGAUACAUCUAAGAUAUCUUGACCUCUCAUAUAAUGAAGACCUCAACAUGUUGCCGGAAUCCAUUACUAAGCUUUACAACCUGCAAACAUUGAAGCUACAUGGUUGUUCGGGACUGAAUACAUUGCCAAGAGACUUGAGCAAAUUAGUUAAUCUCAGGGACUUGGACAUAUUUAACUGCAGAAGUUUGAGAUAUAUGCCUCCAGGGAUGAAUAAAAUGACAUCCUUGCAUAAGUUAACAGGGUUUGUAAUCAGCGGAAAAAGAAAGACUUCUACAUGGGGGUCAGGUUGUGUUGGAAAGCUUGAAGAUUUGGAAAAUUUUACGAAUCAUGCUGACAUUCUGCAAAUUUUGGUUAGGAAAUUUGUCAGGUGUGAUGCAUUUGAAGCUAAGAUAUGUGGAAAUCUGUUGAGCAAGCAUCUCAGGAAAAUCAAGAUUAUUUGGCGAGAUGACAACGAUGAUAGUGAGGAGAAUACUAAUGCAAAGGUAUCGUUACAAGGCUUGGAAUCCUGCCAUAAUCUCUCAAAGAUAUACUUGGAGGGGAUUUUAAGGUUAGAGCAUCUUCCACCAUUGCAUCAUUUACGCCAUUUGAAAUUCCUUACGUUGUUUGGAUUGAGGGACCUGAAAUUUGUGCAAAGUAGUGAUAUUAGUGAAGAUGGGGCUCCUACGGCAUCGGGAAAUACAGAGGAGUUGGUAUUCUUUCCAUCCCUUGAACGGCUUUGGCUAGAAGAUCUGCCAAAAUUAAAGAGGUGGUGGAAGACAACAUCAGAAUCAGAUUUAGGGAAGGUGGAAGCUCAAUAUAAUCAGUUCACGACAACAGGAAUGCAUUUCAAUACAUAUUCAUUCCCUCGACUUACUCAACUGGGAAUAUGUAAAUGUCCUUUUUUGACAGCCAUUCCUCGGUGUCCAAAUCUAGAUUAUAUAAAUUUGAAGACGAAUGGAGCAUUCAGCGAAUAUAAGAUUGGAUGGAGUAGUGAUGCAAAUCUUUUCUCAACAUGUCAUGAUUCAAUUAAUAGAAGAUCAGUGAUAGAUGACGCUGGAUAUUUUAAUUUUGUGUCUUUCCAUCGCCUUUCUCAUCUAAGCAUAUCCUUUUACAAGAUUACAGAGAGUUUUCCAAGUGGGAAGGUGUUCCAAAGUGACCGCCUAUGCUUUGUUCGCUCUCUUGAUAUUAAUUAUUGCUGGAAAUUAAAGAGAUUGUCAUGGGAAGGAUUUUGGGACUAUUGCACUGCCUUGGAGACCCUCUGUUUGAGUCAUAACCAUGAGUUGGAGUUGGAGGAUGUUGAAGAAGAAGAAGAAGAUAACAAUAACAGCAACAAGCAUGGAGAUGAAGGAGAGAUUAGAAAGGAGGUGACACCUUGGAGAUUCCUUUCUUCUCUUCGUGAUUUGAAAUUAGAUGAUCUCCCAAAGCUAAAGAAGCUGCCAAAUGGGAUGCGCCACUUGACUUCACUCCAAUCCCUUAAAAUUAAAAAUUGUAAGAAUUUGAAAUCAAUGUCAGAAGUGAUGCGCCAUCUCACCUCUUUGCAACAACUUAGUUUGAUAAGUAAUUCAGCGGAACUUAACGCAAGAUGCAAGGAGCCAAGUGGUGCAGACUGGCCCAAUAUCCAACACAUCUCCAAUAUUAAAAUUCGAGUAUAUAAUAAUACAAUUUAUACUAGUGUUUAAAUUGCGAGCAAAGUUCCAGGCACUAUCUUUUACCAGAACAGUGCUGAACCACGAUUGUUCUGAUAUCGUCCUAUAGGCUAUAGCUAGAGAGUACGACUGUGGAUGUAUCGAAUUAAGAGCAUUCGCCCUAUGAGUAAUGGUUGUUGUUUGCUAUGUCUUGCAUUUCAAUGCCAUUUGAUUUCUUGAAGGCGUGCAACUUCAAAGAGAAAGACUCAUCCAGUCAUUCUAUGAGAAAAGAAAGAGAUCAAUAAAUGGUAGAAGGCCAAUCAUUAUAAGACUGAGAAUACAUUGUUUUUAUGCAACAUUGUUCAUUAAUUAGUAGUAUAAUUUUCUUGAACUAUUUAGCCUACUUUUAUUAUAACAGUCUCACAGUGAAACCGACUUAAAUGAGAAUUUGCGUUAAAUAAGAGGUUCAGAAGAAA